AUGGUAGAGAAAGAAUUGACACAACACUCAAACUCAAAGAAGCAUGUGAGGCAGCCACCUUCAGUACCAUUUCUUUGGGAAGAAAGGCCAGGAAUACCUAAAAAGGACUGGAAGCCUAGGUCUUCUUCAGUUACAUCAGUUCCAAAACCUUCCCUCAAGCUAGUUGCCUCAGUUCCCUUCAUAUGGGAGGAAAAGCCUGGUAAACCACUGCCCUCUUUUUCACUGCCCCCACCAGCAAAGCUCAUCAGCCUCCCAUCACCUUUAGUGUACUCUCACAGCUACAAUGACAUUGACAACAAUUAUGACAAAGGUGGCAACGGUGGUGAUGGAGAUGAACAAGAAGGAAUGUUCAAAACAGAUAUCGAAACAUUCAGUUUUAAAACAGAAGAUUCAUUCAGCUCGGCUCCCUCUCUCCUAGCAAAUUGCCUUGUAUCAUUAACAGCAAUUUCUACUGCUGUUCCAGUAGAUAACAUACUCACCGAGGAUGAUAAGAGUGGGCAGCUGGAAACCCCUUCCUCCUCACCACCUUCUGAAACAGCCAGUAGUACGAGCAGCUAUGCAACUGGCACUUCAAGCCUUAUAGGGGCUUCUUUCUUGGAAUGCCUCUUUCCUCUGUUUCCACCCAGUUCUGGCUUUCUCGACAAGGCCAGGGAAAACAAUUGCCAGGCUCCACUGCAACCAGAAAGUAGACAGGAUGAUCGUGAAAGCAAUAGCGGUGUUGUGGCAAGGAGGCCCCCGACACUUGGAGAGCUGAUAAUGAUGAGCCGAAGGAGGAGUAACCGGAGAAAGGCUGUUCAAAUGAAAAAACAGAAUCUAUCAAUGGAAUUGAUGAAGAACAGUGCUUUUGGAUGCCGCAUUUUCAAAUCUGGCAGCAAGUUGAUUGAAGGAUUGUGUAGGAAGAGGAAGCACUGGCCAAGACUGAAAUUAAUGUAGAAAAAAUUCCAUCUGUCUCAUGGCCCAAUUUCAGCAGCCAGUUCCCUCCAUUCAGUUUCUCUUCCAAAUCAUUAUAGUUUCCAUUUAUGGGACUUGAUGUAAAACAACUUACAAAAUCUGCAAUGUAAUAAAUUUUCAAACUCUAUGAUAACUCCAAGACAGCUGUACUCAAA